CAGGGUCUUUUUUUCGCUGCCCAUCCAAACACAUCCAUAUGCCAUUGACCGUCUGGAAAGUACUUGCACUGUCAAUAACUCGUCACGAUCAUCUCCCCUUCACCGUCACCGUCACCGUCACCGACUCACUGCCCUCUCACUUCUGCCUUACCCUGACCUGUUCGAUCACGAAACCGGGAUAUUGCGGCCUUGAGUCUGGGGAUUGGCCUCGUUUUGACGCUCCCACGCUCCGUAUCCUAGCGCCAGGCCAAAAGUCGCGGCUAAUGGGAAAAGUACAAGUUGCUGCCUCCAUCCGCCACAUCCGUCAGUAAAUUCACUGCUUGCUCGGUUUUUGACCGACUCUUGCUUCAAUUCUUUGCCUGGAAAUUUGUGCAGCUUCAAUCAGUCAGUCGCGUCGAAUUUACUAGGCACUACUGCUUGAGGGCUGAGUCAGACGAGCGUGUCACUCUCAAAACGCGUUGGAGCUCGUUUGGCCGGAUUUUCAACCCCAAAGGCCAUCGUCGAGAGUCACACGCACACUUCAUAUGACCCGGAUGAUCAUCCUGGCAGGAGCACCAGAAUCGGCCAAGCUCGACUGGAGCGAGAAAGCUCUUAUACCCAGUUCCAUGCACGUCGAAUCUGCCGAAACUAUCUCACCGCUAUCUCCGUCCUCGAAAGCUUUCGGCGCCCAAUGGAGGCAAAUCACAGCGCAAAAACUUCAAAUGCGCCCGAUCCUGCCUAAACUCAACAUCGAAGCCAGAGUGCAACACGACGAUAUCGAUCGUAGUGGUGCCGAGUUCUUUAGUGCAGAUGAACAUGUCGGCACGCAAACGCCCGGCAGUGAUGUGAGCGGGGAUGAGUCCCAACCAUCUGGCGGGUCGAGCGAAACGACAUCAGAAGCGCUGUCGGACUAUUACGAGCAUUCCUUCGCGAUUCACGAGGCUAUUCCGUCUUCACAACUAUCCGGCUUUUCUGACUACACUCCUGGCACGCCACUCUACGAAAGUAGUGACGAGAUGUUUCCCCAGACACCCGGGGGUGGAAUUAUUCGCACGCCUUCGCAAAGACGAUUGAGCCAGGCGCCUCGGCCAAAACAUUUGAGCGACCUCGAGGAUAUUCCCAACGCGAGGUACCUCUCCUCAAUAGAGCCGCAGACCAUGACCGUCAAUAUCAUUGUGGGCAUCUUGUCGAUAUCGCCACCCCGGACAGUAGUGACGGGGACGAAAUACGGCAGGCCACGCGAGACAGAAUUGGUGGAGAUGGUGGUGGGCGACGACACGAAGACCGGGUUCAGCAUCAGCAUGUGGCUGCCCCGAGAGAUGCACGUCAACUGGAAGGACGGCGCCAAAGCUACGCCUGAAGGAUCACGAAGUGUUCUGCGAAGGUCCUUGCGUUUUAUGAGGCCGCGCGAUGUGGUGCUGUUGCAAAAUGUGGCGUUGAGUUCCUUCCGGGGGAAGGUGCACGGGCAGAGCCUCAAGGGCGAUGUGACAAAGAUCGAUCUUCUUUUCCGCAAGAAAGCCGACGACGAUGAUAUCAGUGGAAUUUACACCAUGUCGAAUCUGAGGACGGCCAAAGAUCCGCAAGUCCUGAAAGUGAAGCGCGUCAAGGACUGGAUGAUGGAAUUCGUGGGGGACAGAGAUGGUCGGCCGACGGCAGGAAAGGGCCGGCGGAGAGGGAGGAUCGAUUACGGGUUUUUACCUGAUGAUACCCCGUGAGCAUUAUUGACUACCUGGUAAGUGGAGUUGGCGGGGGAAAGGCUGGGGGGCUGUUCUCGGUUUCUUGAUCUUUCGCAUGCAAGACAAGAUCUAGAGCGUGGGAGAUGUACGUGAAUGUAAUACCAGCAACAGCUUGGAGGCGACAGACUUCGGCACGAUCCGGAGUAAAGGGAGAGUAAGUGAGGCAAAGACACAGACCACCACCCCUUUUGUAUUCUAAUAUCGAGUCACGAGAUAUGACAGCGUCGAUUAGCCAGUGCUCUUGUUUUGACAUAGGUAGCUACCAUACGGAGAACAAAUCAAUUGACAGAACAA